UACAGUAAAAAGCGCUGGCAGUUUCCUGCUUGACUUGUUUGUCUUUUUGUAAUUUCCUUAAAACAUGAAGUGUCUUAUCAUCACUGUAACUUUGGUGGGAGCCGUCACUGCAGCCAGCUUGCUGCUAGAAGACUUGGAGUUUUAUGCCUGGAAGCUGAAGCAUGGAAAGUCAUACAGAUCAAAUGAAGAGGAAGUCCACCGGAAAGAGAUAUGGCUGGCGAACCGCAAAUAUGUCUUACUCCAUAACAUGGAGGCUGACCAGGGAAUAAAGAGCUACAUGCUGGGCAUGAAUUUCUUUGCUGACCUGACAAACCAAGAGUACAGACAGAUCACUUUUAAAGGCUGUCUCGGUCGCUUCAACUCCACCAAACUCAGACAGGUUUCCACUCUCCUGUGGCAACGUGAAGGCAACUUCCUGCCCACCUCUGUAGACUGGAGAAACCAAGGAUAUGUUACAGACGUCAAGGACCAGAAAGAGUGCGGCUCCUGCUGGGCAUUCAGUGCAACUGGAGCUUUAGAAGGUCAGCAGUUUAGGAAGACAGGAACUCUGGUAUCUCUGAGUGAACAGCAGUUAGUAGAUUGCUCACAAGGAUAUGGCAACUAUGGAUGUGGAGGUGGUCUCAUGAACCAGGCCUUUCAGUAUAUUGAAGAAAACAGAGGUGUCGACACUGAAGAAUCAUACCCAUAUGAGGCUAGGGAUGGUGCAUGCAGAUAUAACCCUGAUACCAUUGGUGCCACUUGCUCUGGAUAUGUGGUCAUCCCAAAUGGAAGUGAGAAAGCUCUUCAAACUGCUGUAGCCACCAUUGGACCCGUCUCAGUGGCCAUUGAUGCUGGUCACAUCUCUUUCCAGCUAUAUGAGUCAGGCAUAUACAAUGAACCACAGUGCAGCAGUGAAAACCUGGACCACGGAGUGCUCGCUGUUGGCUAUGGGACGAAAAACAACCAGGAUUACUGGUUGGUCAAGAACAGCUGGGGGCUCUCCUGGGGACAAGAUGGCUAUAUCCUGAUGGCUAGAAAUGAGAAUAACCAAUGUGGGACUGCCACGGCUGCCAGUUAUCCGCUCAUCUGAUGAUGUACUUCAGGAGAAGAGAGGAAGUGAGGAACAUAGGAAGAAAAUCUGUCACUUCCUGGUGUCCUUCUGAAAAUCCUUUUGUCUAUUCUAUCACCAAAGACAGGGAAUGGAAAUGUGACCCUCGGGUGUCCUCCCUUUGAACAUAAUGUGAAAAAUCAUAAGGCAGGUUUGGCUUCUUAGCCAAGAAAUUAUCACACUUAAAUCUGCCAAUACAAGAAAGUGCUGACAUCCAAAUGAAAAGGAUGCUAACACUCACUGCUAUCUUCAGGGUGUUCUUUUUUGUGUAUUAUGUUGAAUUGACCAUGGUGGUCCACUUCAGCUGCAGUCAGCCAAGCAGUACAGCUCCUGACUUUCAUUCUUUAGCCACCAUCUUCCAGCUCUCGUCCUCCAGAUGACAAUAAAGCUCAGGACUUGCUCUUCAUUUAAAAAUAUUGUGGUCCUUUUCCCCCAAAGAUAUGUGUGAUAGGUAAACUGGUAACUCUAAAUUAGCCCAUUAUAUUGUACAUAAGUGCCCAUGGCAAGCCAUCCUAGCUUGGUACCCACAUUACACCCAAUACUGCUGGGAUAAGUACUGGUGCCACAUUACCAUGAAGUGAGUUUCAAAAUGAAUGGCUGCAGUGUAUUCUCUUAACUGCAUCUAAAGAAAUACAUUCAAAAAUGACAAUCGCCAAAAAGAUGUUGUGGUCUGACAGAAUAAAUAUUAAGUAAUGACCUAAAAUCAUUUUUUCAUUUUAGUAGAAGAAAUGGAAUCACAACGCUAAGCAAACACUUAGUCUGUACCUCUAACAUGAUUAUCUUUUUCCCAAAGCCGAACAACAAAAUAAAAAACAAAUAUCCAACA